UUCCGGGCCUUUCUUUUGCUUCCCCUUCCCACCCUCACGCUGCUUCCCCUCCCUCACUCCCUUUUCCCUUCGGUUUCGCUCUUUCGGGUCGAGGCCGACCCCUGAGUCAGAACAAAAGCAUGUCCUCCCUCCCUGGGUGUAUUGGUCUGGAUGCAGCAACAGCUGCAGUGGAAUCUGAAGAGAUUGCAGAACUACAACAGGCCGUGGUUGAGGAGCUUGGUAUCUCUAUGGAGGAACUUCGACAGUUCAUUGAUGAAGAAUUGGAAAAGAUGGAAUGUGUACAACAGCGCAAGAAGCAGCUAGCAGAGUUGGAGACGUGGGUAAUACAGAAAGAAUCUGAAGUGGCUCAUGUUGACCAACUCUUUGAUGAUGCAUCCAGGGCAGUGACUAAUUGUGAGUCUUUGGUGAAGGACUUCUACUCCAAGCUGGGACUACAGUACAGGGACAGUAGCUCUGAGGAUGAAACUUCUCAGCCUACAGAGAUAAUUGAGAUUCCUGAUGAAGAUGAUGAUGUUCUCAGCAUUGAUUCAGGUGAUGCGGGCAGCAGAACUCCAAAAGACCAGAAGCUCCGUGAGGCUAUGGCCGCCUUAAGAAAAUCAGCCCAAGAUGUCCAGAAGUUCAUGGAUGCUGUCAAUAAGAAGAGCAGUUCCCAGGAUUUACAUAAAGGAACCUUGAGUCAGAUGUCUGGAGAACUGAGCAAAGAUGGUGAUCUGGUAGUCAGCAUGCGGAUUCUUGGCAAGAAGAGAACUAAGACGUGGCACAAAGGCACCCUUAUCGCCAUACAGACAGUUGGGCCAGGGAAGAAAUACAAGGUGAAAUUUGACAACAAAGGAAAGAGUCUGCUUUCAGGGAACCAUAUUGCUUAUGAUUACCACCCUCCUGCUGACAAAUUAUAUGUGGGUAGUCGAGUGGUGGCCAAAUACAAAGAUGGGAAUCAGGUCUGGCUCUAUGCUGGCAUUGUGGCUGAGACACCAAAUGUCAAAAACAAGCUCAGGUUUCUUAUUUUCUUUGAUGAUGGCUACGCUUCCUAUGUCACACAGUCAGAACUCUAUCCCAUUUGCCGGCCAUUGAAAAAGACUUGGGAGGACAUUGAAGACAUCUCCUGCCGAGACUUCAUAGAGGAGUAUAUCACUGCUUACCCCAACCGACCCAUGGUGCUGCUUAAGAGCGGCCAGCUUAUCAAGACCGAGUGGGAAGGCACAUGGUGGAAGUCCCGAGUUGAGGAGGUGGAUGGCAGCCUUGUCAGGAUCCUCUUCCUGGUACUGUUUUUAGAUCAUUUUCCUUUUCCUGUAGGUGCUGUGAGGAGCAAAGGCCCUGUUGUCCAGUACACACAGGAUCUGACAAGUACUGGAACUCAGUUCAAACCAAUGGAGUCCCCACAGCCUACAGCUCCACCUGCCCCCGCUGCCCCCUCUGCCCCACCUGCUCCUCCUCUGUCCCCCCAAGCAGGUGACAAUGAAAGCUUGGAAAGCCAGCUUGCUCAGUCACGGAAGCAGGUAGCCAAAAAGAGCACAUCCUUCCGACCAGGAUCUGUGGGCUCUGGUCAUUCCUCCCCUACGUCUCCUGCACUCAGUGAAAGUGCCCCUGGUGGGAAACCUGGGAUCAAUCAGACUUAUAGAUCACCAUUAGGCUCAACAACCUCUGCCCCAGCACCCCCUGCUCCUCCGGCCCUUCCAGGUCCUUCAGCCCCUCCUGGUCCUCCGGCCCCUCCUGGUCCUCCAGCCCCUCCUGGUCCUCCAGCCCCUCCAGCCUUCCAUGGCAUGCUGGAGCGGGCCCCAGCAGAGCCCUCCUACCGUGCCCCCAUGGAGAAGCUCUUCUACUUACCUCAUGUCUGCAGCUAUACUUGCCUGUCUCGGAUCAGACCUAUAAGGAAUGAACAGUAUCGAGGGAAGAACCCUCUGUUAGUCCCACUGCUGUAUGACUUCCGGCGGAUGACAGCCCGGCGUCGAGUUAAUCGGAAGAUGGGUUUUCAUGUUAUUUAUAAGACACCUUGUGGCCUCUGCCUUCGGACAAUGCAGGAGAUUGAACGUUACCUUUUUGAGACUGGAUGUGACUUCCUUUUUCUGGAGAUGUUCUGUUUGGAUCCGUAUGUUCUUGUGGACCGAAAGUUUCAGCCCUACAAGCCUUUUUACUAUAUUUUAGACAUCACUUAUGGAAAGGAAGAUGUUCCCCUCUCCUGUGUCAAUGAAAUUGACACAACUCCCCCACCCCAGGUGGCCUAUAGCAAGGAACGGAUCCCAGGCAAGGGUGUUUUCAUUAACACAGGCCCUGAAUUUCUCGUUGGCUGUGACUGCAAGGAUGGUUGUCGUGACAAGUCCAAGUGUGCCUGCCAUCAGCUGACUAUCCAGGCCACGGCCUGCACCCCUGGUGGCCAAGUCAACCCUAACUCUGGCUACCAGUACAAGAGACUAGAAGAGUGUCUGCCCACGGGGGUAUAUGAAUGUAACAAACGCUGUAAAUGUGACCCACACAUGUGCACAAAUCGAUUAGUGCAGCAUGGACUACAGGUUCGGCUACAGCUAUUCAAGACUCAGAACAAGGGCUGGGGUAUCCGCUGCUUGGAUGACAUUGCCAAAGGCUCUUUUGUUUGUAUUUAUGCAGGCAAAAUCCUGACAGAUGACUUUGCUGACAAGGAGGGCCUGGAAAUGGGUGACGAGUACUUUGCAAAUCUGGACCAUAUUGAGAGCGUAGAGAACUUCAAGGAAGGAUAUGAGAGUGAUGUCCCCUGUUCCUCUGAUAGCAGUGGUGUAGAUUUGAAGGACCAAGAAGAUGGCAACAGUGGUACAGAGGACCCUGAAGAGUCCAAUGAUGAUAGCUCAGAUGAUAACUUCUGUAAGGACGAGGACUUCAGCACCAGCUCAGUUUGGCGCAGCUAUGCUACCCGGAGGCAGACCCGUGGUCAGAAAGAGAAUGGAUUGUCUGAGACAGCUUCCAAGGAUUCUCGCCCCCCAGACCUUGGGCCCCCACAUCUUCCUAUCCCUUCCUCAGUCCCUGUAGGGGGCUGUAAUCCACCUUCCUCCGAAGAGACGCCCAAGAACAAAGUGGCCUCAUGGUUAAGCUGCAAUAGUGUCAGUGAAGGUGGUUUUGGUGACUCUGAUAGUCGUUCAUCCUUCAAGACUAGUGAAGGUGGGGAGGGCAGGGCUGGGGGAAGUCGAGGGGAGGCUGAGAAGGCCUCUACCUCGGGAAUGGCCAUCAAGGAUGAAGGAGACAUCAAGCAGGCUAAGAAAGAGGACCCUGAUGACCGGAACAAGAUGUCCUUAGUUACUGAAACCUCUCGAAAUUAUGGUUACAAUCCUUCUCCUGUGAAGCCUGAAGGUCUUCGCCGUCCACCUAGUAAGACUAGUAUGCAUCAGAGCCGGCGACUCAUGGCUUCUGCCCAGUCCAACCCUGAUGACAUCCUGACACUGUCCAGCAGCACUGAAAGUGAGGGGGAAAGUGGGACCAGCCGAAAGCCUACUCCUGGUCAGACUUCAGCCACAGCAGUUGACAGUGAUGAUAUCCAGACCAUCUCCUCUGGCUCUGAAGGGGAUGACUUUGAGGACAAGAAGAACAUGUCUGGUCCGACAAAGCGCCAGGUGGCAGUAAAAUCAACCCGGGGCUUUGCUCUUAAAUCAACCCAUGGGAUAGCCAUUAAAUCAACCAACAUGGCCUCUGUGGACAAGGGGGAGAGUGCACCUGUUCGGAAGAAUACACGCCAGUUCUAYGAUGGUGAAGAGUCUUGCUAUAUCAUCGAUGCCAAGCUUGAAGGCAACUUGGGCCGCUACCUCAAUCAUAGUUGCAGCCCCAACCUGUUUGUUCAGAAUGUCUUUGUGGAUACUCAUGAUCUUCGCUUCCCUUGGGUGGCCUUCUUUGCCAGCAAGAGAAUCCGGGCUGGAACAGAACUUACUUGGGACUACAACUAUGAGGUGGGCAGUGUGGAAGGCAAGGAGCUGCUCUGCUGCUGUGGGGCCAUCGAAUGCAGAGGGCGUCUUCUUUAGACAGCCGCCUUCCCUGCCUUCAGAACUCUCCUUUCCCCAGGAACUGGGUCUUCCUGACUGUUCAGCUCUGACCCCAAGUCUCUGGUCUAGCAACUCCCCCCAGUUCCUAGUAGAUAGAAAUGGGGGUUCUGGAUCAGGAGAUCUCUCCAAUGUGGUGCUAGCAGGCAGAGUCCCUUCUCRACUCCCUGAGGCACUCAGGGAUGGGAAGAGGUCACCACUCGUACCUGGGCCUGCCAUCCCACGGUUGUUCCCAUGUCCAUUAUUCUAAUUGAAGUGGAGGCGGCGGUGCGUAUCUGCUAUCCCUGGUUUGUAUUGUUCCUUGAAAAGUCUUUUUAACAAAAUGGUCAAACUAAGAUUGUGAUUUGAUUUCCCUCCCUCAGGCCCCAUACUCCCAUUCUGGAUCUGUCAGUGGAGAGACCUGCCCCACUCCCCCCUCCAAUGGGCAGCUGUCAUUAAUCUUAUAUCUUCUCCAACUUUUAUUUGCCAUGUGAAACUUAAAAGAAUGUUACAUAACUACAAGGAAGGCAUAAGAAAAACUAUCUUAGUUUAUUUAGUUAAUUCCUCAUCAAUUCCUAAUAGUCUGAUCCUUGUUGCCACGUUUUAUUUAAUCUUUAAUAUAUUUUAAUUAAAAAAACCAUUAACAGUACAUUUUUGGUCUGAAAUGGUCCCUCUGCUGAAAUGCCAGGUGCUAGCUGUAAUUCUGGCUUUAAAACCAAAACUCCAAAUGUUUAAUAAAUAAAAAUUAGAACUAGUUGCCAUUCUACUCCAAACCAGCUAGCCUAGCUGAAGAAAAGAGGACAGAAAGGGGAAGUUGGAAGACCUUGGACUUGUGGCCAUAGGGACAGCUGGCAGAGAAAUCAGCAGCACGAC